CCAAACGUACAGCGAGGCGGGCAGCGGGCACGUAAACCGAAACCACUGAGCCCCGUGUGAGUGUGUGUGUGUGAGUUUGUGUGUGUGAAUGCGACACACACAGAUGAUUAAUUAGUAAAAUAAAGCUCCAGUAACCGGACGCUGCGGCUGAUCUGGGCUCAACGGAGGCGCGUGUGGAGGUUGUGUGUUCAGGAGCAGGCCAGUUUUAAUAGGCUGCAGCGUCACUGAGGCCGCUCCGUGCGCACUGGAAACCCGGCAUUCAAUUGGUGGAUCCAAGAGGGGAGCCCCGGCCUUUUCCACUGCAGGAGGAGCAGAGUUAAGGAAACCGAGACAGAGACGCCGCUGCCAAGACAGCAGCAGCAGCAGGAGCACGAGCAGCCUGCGCAGUUUAGAAAACGGCACAGCCUCCCCUGCUGCACGCCAUGAGGGACUUCACCCAAACUGCGCACUGACUCUGCAGGAUGCAACGCUGCAGCUGCGUAGUUUGUUAGACACAGACAGACGCAAGCCUGUUCGGGACGUGUGCAGGAAUUUGACAGAGGAAUUAGGCCCAACCGGUCGCUGACCACAGCUGCGACGUUUGGUUUCCCCCGCUGAGAGUUUCUCAUUCCUGCCAUCCGGAGAGCGCUGCGCCGUGUGGCCUUGUAGCGGACAUGGGAAAUGUAAACAGUUAGUCGGGCUGGAUUUUCAACUACGCACACGUCCCCACGUCCUCCUCCUCCUUCUCCUCCCGGGGCGUCCGAGAUGGAGAUGGAGACGGAGAGGGUCGAGCCGGAGCAGGAGGGAGAGGCAGAGCCGCCCAUGCACAGCGUCCACGGACCCAACCGGAUCAGACCGUCCUCCUACCGGGCCCUGCGCAGCGCCGUGUCCAGCCUGGCCCGCCUAGAUGACUUCAACCGGGAGAAGAUCGGCGCGGGGUUCUUCUCUGAGGUGUUCAAGGUGCAGCAUCGUGUGUCGGGUCAGGUCAUGGCUCUGAAGAUGAACAUCCUGGCCAGUAACAGAGCCAACAUGCUCAGGGAGGUCCAGCUCAUGAACCGACUAUCGCACCCCAAUAUACUCAGGUUUAUAGGAGUGUGUGUCCAUGAGGGGCAGCUCCACGCGCUCACAGAGUACAUCAACGGCGGGAACUUGGAGCAGCUGUUGGGCAGCGACAUGUACCUGUCAUGGAGCGUGCGGAUCAUCCUCGCCCUGGACAUCGCCCGGGGACUGAAGUACCUGCACAGCAAGGGCAUCUUCCACAGGGACCUCACCUCCAAGAACUGCCUGGUGCGCUGGGAGGGCCGCGUGUGCUCGGCCGUGGUGGGAGACUUUGGCCUGGCGGAGAAAAUCCCAGAUUACAGUGAGGAAGAGGACCAGGAGCCUCUGGCUGUCGUCGGCUCCCCCUACUGGAUGGCCCCGGAGGUGCUCAGAGGAGAGGUGUAUAAUGAGAAGGUGGAUGUGUUUGCCUACGGGAUCAUCCUGUGUGAGAUAAUUGCGAGGAUACAGGCCGACCCUGACAUCCUGCCACGCACUGAGGACUUUGGUUUGGAUGUGGAGAACUUUAAGCAGAUGGUGGAAGACUGUCCUCCUCACUUCCUGCAACUGGCCAUCGCCUGCUGUAACAUGAAUUCAGAGGUCCGUCCAUCAUUCGCCCAAAUUGUGGUGGAGCUGGAGAGGAGACAGGCUGAGCGGAAACAGAAGGACGAACCAACAGUCAAAGCUGUUUCUCCAGCAAUCGGCCCUCUGCGAAGACGAUCCCUCUGCCUCCCGUCAGAUCCUCGCCUCUCCCGCAGCAAAUCCGACAUGCUCCACCCUCCAGACACGCCCCCCUCUGCCACCAUGGCAAUGCCUGCUCGGGUCAACCCCUUCUCUCAGAGGGAGGACCUCAAGGGCGGCAAGAUCAAGCUGUUUGACACUCCCAGCAAGUCCGUCAUCUCCCUCACCUUCACCCUGCCACCUCCACCAGACUGCGAUGACUCCUCUGCGUCUGAGACGGAUGGCGGUGAGCUACCGAGGAGGCACAGGCGCUGCCACUCGCUGCCGUGUACACCUCCUCCGCAUCUCACAUCAGCACCGAACACUGUCCUGACCGAGGAGGAGUCCACGUCUGAGGUAGAUGCUGUAAAUGGCGAGAUAAACGGAGUGAGUGAAAAAGAGAGACUGCUGGGAGAGGAGGAGAUCAGGGAUGGGAGCGAGUCUGAUUCAGGCAUUCCUCUGUCACUUGAACCUCUGUCGCUGGACCUGCUGGACCAAGAAAAGGAGGAAGAGGGGGAGGAGGAGCCCAUGGACUGCGCCAGCUCCCCGGACACACAAAACAGCAAUUCAUCUCCUUACUCCAAACUCUCCCUGCCUCCAUCACACUCCUCCACUCCCCUCCAAGCCUCCACCCCGCCCUUCUCAAAUGGCUGGGGGUCAGCCAUCUCCAACGGGCCCCCAUGCCUGCCUCCCCUCACUCAGUUGGAUAACAACAACGUGGUCGUGAGUAGACCCUUGGGAUGGAGCGACACUGCCACCAACGCUCCCACCACAACCAAUAACAACGGUUACCACUCCCCAUCCAGCGACCCCGCUGGUUCGUCCCCUUUCGGCUCCGGCAGCGGACACUCCCUGGACCAGGAGGAGGUGAUCUCCUGUCCUGGCUGCUGCCUCGCUGGCCUUCGCUUUCCCUCAAUGUGUCUCAGAGCUCCACCGCGCAGAAACCCCUACAAGAACCUAAACGGGGACCAUGCAGCCUCACGUGGCCUGCUUUGUCCGGGACCCAAGGGCCUGCCGCCCUCUCCUACCCCCACAGCCACCACCACCAGCCUGGAGCCGGGACUCGCCUUGCCAGGGGCGCAGACAUAAACCUCCCAACACCAAAAACACACAGAAAAGAUGUGAGGAAGCUCUGCACCAAAAGCUCUUCCCUGGAAAUUAAGUGGGCCUUCUUGGAAUUUGCACAGAUUUUAACACAGCAAUACCCUGCUUACUUUCCAGACACACUUUUUGGUGCAGAUGGAUUUACGAAAACACACUCCAGACUGGCUUUCUCUGUAAGAGCUGUGGGACAAAGAACUUGUUGCAUGUCGCCCUCUGCUGGGCUGAGGGCGACAUGUGGAUCUGACUGAUGAUCGGCAGUGUCCAGGACUGUUCAGCAUGUGAACACUCCAGUUUGGAGCACAGUUGGUUGGAUCAUGUAUAUUUGCAGAUGUAAAGAUUCUCAUGACUGCUGAUACUGAUGAUGAUGAUGCUGAAAUGAGGAAUGUUAAGCUUAGUAUUAUUACUGCUGCAAUGAUUUUUGAUGUUUGGUGCUGUUUCUGAAUGAACGGGCAGUUUUUGCUUUAAUGUCUUUAAUUAUCAAGAGGGUAUAUGGUGCACUGCUGGGCUGUGUGUGUCAGUGUGUAAUAUGGACAUAUGUGAGUGUGUGGUGGAUUCAGUGUGAGAGGCUGGAUGUGUGUGUGUGAGAGCGAUGUAGGGUAAGAGAGUGUGUGCUGUACACCGUCCGUUUGACCUUUUUUUGUUGCUGUAUGAUCUCUAUUGGCCCUUCUGGUUGCCUGGUUAAGCACUUCAACUGUAUUACUGUUGUUAAUAAAGAAACUAUUGAUACUGUUAUUACCUUUGGGAAUGAAUGGUCAAAGACCUGCUUAAGAGAUGUACAGAUUCUUAUUAUUUAAAGAUGGCAUUGAAUAAAAAGAUAGAAUGCA